AUGUUAGCGUAUGGUCUACCGGCAGAUGCUACUGAUGAGUAUAUUAAAAUAGGCGAGUCUACAACCAUUGAAAGUUUGAAGAGAUUUUGUCGUGUUGUUGUUGAGGUAUUUGCAGAACGAUAUCUAAGAUCACCUAAUGCUAAUGAAGUUGCAAGGCUACUUCAUAUUGGUGAACAACGUGGUUUUCCAGGAAUGUUGGGUAGUUUAGAUUGUAUGCACUGGAAGUGGAAAAAUUGUCCAACAGCUUGGGUAGGACAAUAUGCUGGUCAUAGUGGAUCCCAAACUAUUAUUCUCGAGGCUGUAACUGAUUAUGAUCUUUGGAUAUGGCAUGCAUUUUUUGGUUUGCCAGGUUCCAACAAUGACAUUAAUGUGUUAGAGUUGCACCAACUCAUCCUCUGUGUCUCUUAA